AUGGACAUCCUGGAGACAGAUGCUUAUGACAGGCGGCAGAGGAGAAACAUGGUACCUGAACAUGAUGGUUGGAGGUAUUAGUCACUGUAAUUCUCCCGGUCAUCAGGUAAACGUCUGUAAUCGUCUCUCUCUCUCUCUGUCUCUCUGUCAGUCCUGUUCUCUCCUCUUCUCCCUCCUUCCCUUCUUUCUUUCUGCUGCUCUUUACUUUUACACGUGGACUCCCGACACUCAGGCAUCCAUCACACAUGCAGGUGUCAAAUCGGCGCCCACGCUGCUGCUGGCUGCGGUCGUGCUGAGCUGGAACGGAGGUCAGAGCGUCCUGGGUGUGGUGGGGGGCCUGGUCUUCUCUGCCGUGGGUGACUGCUGCCUGGUGUGGCCUGAGCUCUUCGUUCACGGUGAGGGAAGAAUAAAACUAGGGAUUAUCGAACCUCAGACUCUGAUAUUCACUAUAGUGUAAAUGUUGAACCAUGAGUGGGUCUAAACAGGACGUUCAGAGAGGCUGAGUGAGAGACUGCGUGAGCCAACAGUUCAACACUUUCAGAAUAAAGUUCAUCUACAGUUCAGCUGAGGAUAAAAGUUUUGAGAAUGACACAAAUAUUAAUUUUCAUAAAGUCUGCUGCUUCAGUUUUUCAUGAUGGUCAAAUUCAUAAAGUCCAGAAUGUUCUGAGGAGGGAUCAGAUGAGAUGCAGUUGAUUGUAAAGUCCCUUAGAAAAGACAUCCAUCCAUCGAUUUUCUACCGCUUAUUCCUGUUCACGGGUCACGGGAGGGGGGGUGGAGCCUAUCCCAGCAUCUUCUGGUGAUGGCAGGGGACACUCUGGACAAGUCACCAGUUCAUCUCAGGGCUGACAUAUAGAAAUGAACAACCAUCCACGCUCACAUUCACACCUACGGGCAAUUUGAAAGUGGCCAGUUAACCUAACCUCACUUAGGCAAGUUUUUGGGAUUUGGGAGGAAACCGGAGAACCCAGAGUAAACCCACGCAGACACAGACAGAACAUGCAAACUCCACGCAGGAUUCAAACCCAGGACCUUCUUUGCUGUGAGGUGACAGUGCUAACCACUACACCACUGUGCUGCCCACAAAACAAACAAACAAACAAACAAACAAACAAACAAACACAUUUUCUACUUCGUUUGAGCCCAAAAGGAUCAGCUGAGAUCAUCUGUGUGAUUCUCUGGUUAACACGGGUGAGAGUGUUGAUGAGGACAAGAGUGGAGAUCGAUCUGUCAGACUGAUGGAGUAAGAAUAACAGAGUGGAGGAUUUAAAAGGAGGGUGGAGCUGAAAUCAUUGUUCUUCCUGCAGUCAUUAUUACUUUAACUUCACAGAAUAUUGAUGCUCGUAAGAUUACACCGAAAACAAUCAAUCAUCUGAUCAUCAGGAACUUCAGGAACAGAGGUUCAGUUAUUGUGAAGAAGGUUUCAGGGUGCCUAAGAAAGUCCAUCAAGAGUCAGGACUGUCUCCUAAAGUGGAUUCAGCUGCAGGAUGGAGAACUCGCUCAGACCACAGAACACUUUUACACUUUACAUCAGUCCAUGUUAGAUGAGCUCGGCUCAGAGAAGCCGGCGGCGGCGUUUCUGGAUGUUGUUGAUAAAUGUCUUUAGAGUUUUAUCUUACAGACGUAGUGAUGAACUGAAUUUACUGACAGUGGUUUUCUGAAGUGUUCCUGAGCCCAUGUGCUGAUAUCCUUGAAACACAUUGAUGUCGGUUUUUGAUACAGCGCUGCCUGAGGGGUCGAAGGUCACGGGCGUUCAAAGUUGGUUUCGGGCCGUGCCUCUUAUGUUCAGUGACUUCUCCAGAUUCUCUGAACCUUCUGAUGAUAUUUUGGACUGUAGAUGUUGAAACCCCUAAAUUCUUUCAUUUGUACUUUGAGGAACGUUCUUCUUAAACUGUUCGACUAUUUGCUCACGCAGUUGUUCACAGAGUGGUGAACCUCGCUCCAUCCUCGCUUCUGAAUGACUGAGAAUUUAUGAGUUUGAACAUUAAUGGAAUUGUGUUUUUUAUAGUUAAGUCACACAAAAAUCCAAACUCUGAGUAUUUCGCCUGUUAAACUCCGUCAGGAUGGUCAUGAAUGUUGAAGAUUACUUCUCGUCUGUUUCAGGUAUGGGUGCGUUCGCCGUGGCUCACCUCCUCUACUCGCUCACCUUCCUCUCCAGUCGGUACUCUCCGGAGUCUUCCUCCUCCUUUAACCUUCUCAUGUUCCUGCUCCUGUUUCUGACGGGGGCCGGGUUCUACACGUACCUGUAUCCGUUCCUGCAGAAGGCCCCUGACGCGGACCUCCUUCUCCCAGGUGUCGGAGUUUACAUCCUGUUACUCACCAUCAUGGGGACUUUGGCCAUCAGGACCCGACACACGGCGACGAUGCUGGGGAGUUUGAUCUUCAUGGUGUCUGACCUGUCUCUGGCUCUGCAGGUUUUUAAGGUGAUGCCACCAGCCGAACACGGUCAGGUUGUUGUCAUGGUGACAUAUUACCUGGCGCAGCUGCUUAUUGCUGUGGGGGAUGUAAGAGCAGCGAGGAGCAAGGACGAUUACGCAAAAUGGAAGAGUUCCUAA